ACCCACUCUCUGCUGCCCUGUAGCAUGGGUUGGCUCCAUCAACUACGGCUUCAUCAUGAUCUGUGUGCCCCUGUCUGGGAAGCUGACAGUCAGGUACGGGGCCAGAGAGUUCUCCAUUCUAGGAUCCCUCAUCAUCAUGAUCUCCAUAGUAUGCUCGUCAUAUGCACCCAAUCUAGGAACGCUGUUCUUCACACAUGGCUUCCUCAGUGGAGUGGGCUCCAGCUUUGCCUUCACCCCAGGUAUGAUCAUGGUGAGCCAGUACUUCAACUCCAAGCGUUCCCUGGCCACAGGGAUAGUGAUGUCAGGGGGAGCAGCAGGGGCCCUGGUCCAGACCCGGCUCCAUCUGUACCUUAAUGACACCCUGGGCUGGAGGCAGAGUCUCAGAGUGUUCUCAAGCCUCAUGAUUAUCUGUGUCAUCACCGGCUUCACCUAUCUGCCACUCAACCCCAAAGGUGUCACUAGAAGUGUGGUGGAUAAUUUGAAGAACUCUCCCUUGAAGAAGUGUAUUGUGUUCCUUGGUCCGUGGAAAGACAGUCUUUCUAAUCUGGGUUGCAGCCAAUGGACUGUGUACAUUUGGAUUCUUCAUUCCAUAUGUCCACUUGGUGAAGCAUGCUGUUCAGCUGGGCAUCCCAGUCCACAGUGCCACUAACAUCAUACUGUUCCUGGGCUUGACUAGCAUGGUCAGCCGGAUCAUCUUUGGCAGGAUCUGUGACUCAGAGAGAAUCAACAGGCUGUACUUCAACCAGGCCUCUGUCUUUGGUGUUGGUCUGCUGUACAUAUUGAUCCCACUACUCAAAUCCUACGGCUCUCUGGUUGAUUUGGCUUGUUCCUGGGGAUUGCUGAUGCUGGCAACUACAUCCUACUCCCUGUCCUGACCUUUGAUCUGAUGGGGCCGAGAAAAUGCCCAUGGCCCGGGGGUUCAUGCUCACGGUGAACGCUGUCAGCUGCUUGGGGCCGCCCUUCGCUGGUAGGUUCACUGCAGCUGAUGUUAUUGUACCAAACCAAAUCAGAUGUUAUUCGUCACAUGUCCUUCCCAACAAUGCAGAGAGUAAUAAUAUCUCCACAAUAAGUAACGAUAACUUGGCUAUAUACUAGAACCUAGUCGAUGUGCAGGGGUACGAGUUAAUCAGACACCUUGACUUUUUCCACAUUUUGUUACAUUACAACCUUAUUCUAAAAUAAUUUCAAUUGUUUUUCCCCUCAUCAAUCUACAAACAAUAUCUCAUAAUGACAGCGUUUAAAAAAAAAAGAAGAUAAUCUAUACAAAAUAAAAAACUGAAAUAUCACAUUUACGUAAGUAUUCAGACCCUUUACUCAGUACUUUGUUGAAGCACCUUUGGCAGUGAUUACAGCCUUGAGUUUUCUUGGGUAUGACGCUACAAGCUUGUUACACCUGUAUUUGGGGAGUUUCUCCCAUUUCUCUUUGCAGAUCCUCUCAAGCUCUGUCAGGUUGGAUGGGGAGCGUUGCUGAACAGCUAUUUCCAGGUCUCUCCAGAGAUGUUCGAUCUGGUUCAAGUCCGGUCUCUGGCUGGGCCACUCAAGGACAUUCAGAGACUUGUCCCGAAGCCAAUCCUGCGUUGUCUUGGCUUUGUGCUUAGGGUCGUUGGGUUCACCUGUUGGAAGGUGAACCUUCAUCCCAGUCUGAGGUCCUGAGCACUCUGGAGCAGGCCCUCAUCAUGGAUCUCUCUGUACUUUGCUUCGUUCAUCUUUGCCUCGAUCCUGACUAGUCUACCUGCCCCUGCCGCUAAAAAAUAUCCCCACAGCAUGAUGCUGCCACCACCAUGCUUCACCGUAGGGAUUGUGCCAGGUUUCCUCCAGACAUGAUGCUUGGCAUUCAGGCCAAAGAGUUCAAUCCUGGUUUCAUCAGACUAGAGAAUCUUGUUUCUCAUGGUCUGAGAGUCUUUAGGUGCCUUUUGGCAAAUUCCAAGCGGGCUGUCAUGUGCCUUUUACUGGGGGGUGGCUUCCGUCUGGCCACCCUACCAUGAAGGCCUAAUUGGUGAAGUGUUGCAGAGAUGGUUGUCCUUCUGGAAGGUUCACAAAUCUCCACUCUCACUUCCUGUUUUUCCAGAUCAAGUGAUCUCUUAUGCUUGGUUAAUACAAAAUCCCCAUCCUCUAAACUAUGGGUCAAGUUACCACCUUCUGCAUUCUCGGGAUGGGUCAUGGUGUAUUUAGGAAUAUUGCUCCCACAAUAAGAUAGCUCAGACCAAUCAGCACUCCUGUAAAGCCCCACCCUUUCCUGGAGAACAUAUCCUCAGCUAGAGGCCAGCCCAUACUUUCACUUCUAUGAACGCACACAUGGAGGAUAGGGCUGGUUCAGGGAAUCUUCGUUUUGUUUCGUUUCUCCUUUGUUAUUUUGUUUUAGUGUUCUCGGUUUAAUAAAUAUAUGAACACUCACCACUGCGCUUUGGUCCUCACCUUAUUCCAACGACGAUCGUGACAGCAACACUGCAAUCAACUCUCUUAUUCCUGCCUCUAGGCAAAAAUAUACCCCAUACUCAAACUGAGUACUGCUUUAAUUCUAUCGUAAGAGUAAAACCAAACUUUCCAACUUCCUCUACUCCAAAAUGUAAAAGUACCAUGUACUUCGCUUAGUUUAUAACGUAUGUCAGUCAAUCCAUAAGAAUAAAAACAUUUCGAUGGUCACAACUCCAUCGUAAUUAUCUCUCUGUUAUCAUUUAGAAGUCAUUAGAUUUAGGUAACUGUCUCUUCUAUGAUUCAGCAUUUUAAAUACAACUCCAUUCCCAAUACGUUAUUCCAGCGGACUAUUUAAGUAAGACAAAGUAUUCCAUCGAAAUCGCCCCGCUAUUAUUUAGAAUGGAUGGGUCUUUCAAUUUAACCUAAACAAGCAUUAAAACGUUCAGUUUAUAUCUUAAACUAACACUAACUAAACGUAUUUCUCCCAGCAAAGAUACGAGAUACGAACCCGAGUGGCAGACAAAAAAUUUACAGCUGAACCACCGUCACUAUUGGAAUGAUGGAGUCUCCCCGCAGACAACCCUAUUAUUAUAUUUGUCUGUAGUCGCAAACUCCGGCAGGCACUACCGAGACCAUUCCCAGAAAAUAGCCCUAAUUUAAAGGUCCAAGGGGUUUCCCCAUCGAGGAUUCUCAUUGAUCUCGCUCUCCUUGUCUCUGCAUCACUCUUUCUCUCCCGAUUGUCACGCCUGUCCUUCCCCUUAAUUGAAUUACCAUUUCGGUGGUUGUGUUCUACCUGCUCACAAGGUUUACAGGGAGCCUUACCCUCCCGGGCGAAAUGUCCUGUCUCAUUGCAAUUGAAAAACCGCUUCUCUCUGUAUCUGUCAUCGCGUUUCUCUGUUUUCCCCCUUCUGUUAAAAAUAUUUCCUGCUCUUUCCCUUUUUAUCCUGUUUGCAAUCUCGGUGAUUAUGUCCCUUCUUAUCGCAAUGUUUACAUGGGGCCUCACAUUCAUUAGCAAAAUGUCCGUAUUUCUUACAAUUAAAACAUUUUUAUGUCCUUUUUUUUCUCCCUCAACUGUCUUCCUCGUCUCGGCUAACCAUACCCUCGCUGUGUCUAGCCCCUCUGCCCGUUGUUUAUCUGCCUUGUCUCCACAAACUCUAUUUAUGUUUAAUCAUUGAUUCCACUUUUUCUAUAUUUAAACGUCCGUCAAAUUCGUACUUACUCCUCCAUUUCUGGCCAAAAAAGGUGUUCCUCUUAUCUUUUUCCUGCAUAUAUUUCUCGCCUACCGUUAAUUCCGGGACCUCCUUUGAGGAUUUACUACCAAUGUUUAAUAAAACCUUGUAGUUACUAUGAUAUUCUCACAAUCUCUGUGUAUGUAUUUCUAUGAUCUAUGUAUAUGCUCUUUUUACCGUUAUCCAAUCACUAUAGUUGUUCUACAGUAUAUUCUCUCAAUCUAGGUGUAUGGAUAUCUAAGAUAUAUGUAUGUGCGGUUUACCGUUACCUAGUUACUAUAGUUGCUCUGCUGCCUGACUGUGUGUGUCUCUUUAAUCUCUUAUGCUCACAAUCUAUGGGUAUUUUGCUAUCUCGAUGUGUGUUUCUCCUUUCUGGAAUCCUUAUUUAUAGAGGUGCAGUUAUUGGACAUGAAAUCUUACCCUUACAACUACAAGCUAUUUCCCAGGGGUCGUAAAGUCCCAGUUCACAACCUAUUUUCUGUUGUGUCAAAUUACUUUUAAAGUUAAUAUCUCAUAGCUUACUCCGCUAUAUUAGGCUUCCCUGCAAUUUCUAGAAUCUAUUUCAGUAUUGGUUAUUGAAUUGGUUGGGUUAUCCUGUUCGCAUAGAAGUACCGUCUAUUUCACAAAGACAAAACCCAGUUUAUAUCCUCUCUGUAUAUCAACCAGUUUUCAUGAGGACUUUAUUUAGGUAUGUCUGUUGAAUUUGAUCUAUGGCUAAUACUACAUGUUAAUUAACCAUUUAAAUUAUCCUAUUUGUACAGAAAUCCCUGUCCUAUCUCACAACACCUAUUUAAAUCCGGCUUUAACAAACCUUGCAGGCCGUCACAAAGGUGGCGAGAUCUAUUAAGCUAGUUUUAUUUCAUGGUAGGGCACAUGUACCUCAGGUCAUUGCUGACCUGCACAAUUAGUUAACUAUCGACGUACACAAGGUGACACUUGGCGAUAUCUUAAAUCAUUCUCCCAAAUUCGUGAAUAAAGAUUACUGACCUUGUCUUGAAGACUGGGAAAAGCAAUGUAGGGUGGAUCUCGUCAUCAACUCUGUCGUGUCUCAGUUCACCACUGGCCUGAAAUAAACCCUCAAUUCAGAGGUCAGGUCUUUGUCUUACGGAUCCUGGAUCCGCCCGUGCACGGUUUUCAGCAGUUCCUUGGGACGACAGAGGCAGGUAUUGAAAUCCUGCUCGAAGGAUCAAAUUGCCACGAGAAUUAUGUUCUCAAUGUUCAUAAACCCAAUUGAAUUAAUUACUCAGCCUGAAACCCAGAAUUUGUACGAAACGGGUUGAAAUGAAUCAGACGGAGGCCCAGUUACAAUAGUCAGAAAAUGUAUUUACGAGAGCGCGCUAGCCUGUUGUACAAAACCAUUCAUUUUAUACUGGCUUCUCACGCACACCUUCACACAAACAUACGCACACACAUACUUCCACACAAAACAGAAGGUAUCCGACGCACAUACCGUCUCACUACCCAGUCGACACAGAUUAGGGAGACCUUGUCCUUGUGACGUCCCGUUCUCUCCCAAAUCUCUAGUCAGGUCGGCACCGAAUAUUGCUCAGACAGUCUGUGCUCAAGACACUAUAAUAGACAUAUUAUUUGAAUGACUAAAACUACACACAUCAUUAAUUAUAACUUUAUGAUUCUAGUCAAUUUCUACAAUUAUAUGGUUUCUGAGUGGAGUAUUCUAAUCAUUUCUUUAAAGCUAUAAAUUCCAUCAACAGGAACUUAAUAUAGACAGGUGUGUGCCUUUCUAAAUCAUGUCCAAUCAAUUAAAUGUACCACUGGUGCACUCCAAUCAAGUUGUUGAAACAUUUCAAGGAUGAUCAAUGGAAACAGGAUGCACCUGAGCUCAAUUUCGAGUCUCAUAGUGAAGGGUCUGAAUACUUAUGUAAUUAAGUUAUGUUUUUUAUGUUUAAUACAUUUGCAAACAUUUCUAAAAAACGUUUUUUGCUUUGUCAUUAUGGGGUAUUGUGUGUAGAUUGCUGAAGAAAAACAAUUAUUUAAUCAAUUUUCGAAUAAGAUUGUAACGUAACAAAAUGUGGGAAAAGUCAAGGGGUCUGAAUACUUUCCGAAGGCCCUGUAUAACUAGGAAUAAAGUGACAGGUAAUUAACAGUAGCAGCAGCGUAUGUAAUGAGUCAAAAAAGUUUGUGCAAAAAGGGUCAAUGCAGAUAGCUAUUUGGUUAACUAUUUAACUAACUAUUUAGCUGUAUUAUGGUUUCGGAGGAAUGGAGUGUUUGACAAUUUUUAGGGCCACCUUCUGAUACCGCCUGGUAUAGAGGUCCUGGAUGGCAGGGAGCUUGGCCCCAGUGAUGUACUGGGCCGUCCGCACCACCCUCUGUUGCACUCUGCGGUCGAAUGCCAAGCAGUUGCCAUGCCAAGCAGUGAAAAAGCCAGUCAAGAUGCUCUCAAUGUUGCAGCUGUAGAACCUUUGGAGGAUCUGAUGCCCCAUGAGAAACAUUUUCAGCCUCCUGGGGGGGGAGAGAGGCGUUUUCGUGCCCUCUUCACGACUGUGUUGGUGUGUUUCAACCAUGAUAGAUACUUAAUGAUGUGAACACCGAGGUACUUAACCAUCGAUGUGAAUGAGGGUGUUCUCAGACCUAAUUUCCUGUAUUCCACGAUCAGCUCCUUUGUCUUACUCACAUUGAGGGAGAGGUUGUUGUCCUGGCACUAUACUGCCAGGUCUCUGACCUCCUCCCUAUAGGCUGCCUCAACGUCGCCGGUGAUCAAGCCUACCACUGUUGUAUCAUCGGCAAACGUAAUGAUGGUAUUGGAGUCAUGUGCCGCCACGCAGUCCUGGGAGAACAGGUAUUCUUAAGUUGGAGGAGUAUUAGCCAUGUCAGUACAACCAAAGAAUGACUGAAUUGGAUCACAAUGUCAAAGCCAUCUUUUUGGCAGACGUGCACACAGAGAGGUUGCAUCACUGUCUUUGCAUGAAAGAAAAUCAUAAAAGCAGUGUGAUGAUAAAAGUCACAGUCAUACCCUUGUUGUUUGAAAACUCAGUCAUACCCUUGUUGUUUGAGGUCUCAGUCAUACCCUUGUUGUUUGAAGUCACAGUAGUCAUACCCUUGUUGUUUGAAGUCUCAGUCAUACAUUUGUUGUUGUCCCGGUCAGGUAGGAUGAAUGACAUGACAGGAAGCUACAACCUCGGCUUUGUGGUUGUGGUGGCAUUGAACGUGGCAGCCUGUUUUGUUCUGACCUUCAUCCCCCUGGACAAGCGCUCAACUAGACAGACAUGUAAGAGCAUCAUGAACGUCACCAUCGACCGCUCCACACAGGAAAUCAUGCAGUGGGCCGAUAUCCUGCCUCCUUUCUCUGAGGUAGCACACUGGUACCUGUAGUUCUUCCAUAUGAGGGUUAGGAAUCUAUCUAACAACAUAUUUUGUUUCAUUGUACAUUAUUGAUGGCGCAAGAUUUUCCUGACCCCGUGACUCAACCAAGAAAAAGGUUAUGGUCAGGAAAAACUACUAGUCCUAAUGAUAAAAUGUACAUUUACUCAUAAUAUUUCAAUAUCAAUUGUCAAAUAGGAGGAGCCAGCAGUGUCCACAUACGUAAAUUACUUCUCUAAGACUACGUUUCGAAGUCCAGAGAUUGUUGACAGUAGACCUGAGGUGUACAGUGGAGAUGAUGCUGAGACAGCAGGACCUGCUGAAGUCACCCAGCUUCAGUAGCUUCAACACCACCAACGUUCUGCCUCAGCACUGUAUAGGAGAGAAGAAAUGUAUCUCUUCACUAAGGGGAGCAAAUACAAUAAUGUAUUAGUACAGAACUCAGUUAUGGCUGAUAUUAUUCGUCAAUUCAUCUGUUUUCAUUCGAGAGAGAAAUGACAAGCACAGGGUAUUGUGACAGUGUUACUUACAAUCAUUACUUACAAUCACUGUCCAGUAGUUGGCGCUUCUGUACCAAGAAAAUCUCAUUAUUAUAAGGAUAAUAAUUUGUCAGUGAUAAGGACCUCUCCAUCCAUACUGCAAAACACACUAUAGAAAAUGAUACUGAAACUUUUUUCAAACACUAAA